AUGCCUUCAAGGUCGUGGCUGGUGAGCGAGCUGGCUGACGAGAUUCUGGUGCUGGUCAUCCAAGAGUUGGAGGCAAAGGAUGCUGAGCUGCCUGAGGAUGUCAUUCAUCGAUUCUUGUCGGUCACCUCGUUGCCGUUGGCAAAGCUCGCCUUUGCUGAGGCCUGGUUUCUGGAUGAAUGCAGGGCGUGUCCAGACUAUGGCGGAGGUCUGCUCUCGCCGGUUGUGGUGGGGGUGGGGGCGGGCGUGGGCUCCAGCGAUGACGAUGCCGACGCGGUCGAGCGGCGGUGGCGCGUCGAGCUGGUGGUGGACGAGAGCAGCGCCACGGGCACAAACCCGCGCAUCGAGCUCGGCCACGUCGAGCUGAGGCUGGAUGCUUCUCAGGAUGAGGUUGGAUACCAAGGCCGGCCGGCAGUCGAGGUGGUGGCGGCAGUGGCGGCCGGCGGGCGGUUUGCCUUUGGCCUCGACGAGGCGUACGCGCACGUCACCAAUGCCGCCGGCGACGCGGUCGACGUCUUGCCGCUGCCUGCAUCAGAUACAGAGCCUAGGCUUGUAACCUUUGUCUCGGAUGCUGUCGCGGCGCAUCUGACAGGUACUUUUGUGCCGCUGCCGGAGCAAGUGGCGCGAGCGGCUCUGCCAACCGGCGCCGCGGUCGACGCGCGUGAUCUCGUCGGCCUCUACGCCUCGCUGUAUGGCGAGCAUGGUCCAGAGCUCAUCGCUGUGGUUGUCAUGGAGGUGCCGGCUUUGGAGGCGGCACACGCCGACGCCGCGCCGUCGUGGCCUGUCUGGCCACUCCCGCCCAGCCCGCUGUAUCUCCCGCCGGACCAGCACAAGCACGCGCUGGUUGGCUUCAAGAUCUUUGGCGAUCCCAAUGUGCCGGCGUGCGCCCCGACGUUUGCCUUUGGCCUCGGCAUGGACGACGAGCUGCGGCUGGAGUCGGAGAAUGUUGCGACAACGAGUAAUGGCCCUGCCGACGGGCUGCGAGUUCUGCACGGAUGCGGGCGCAUCGCUAUGACCGGCUAUCGCCAGUCAUCGUGGUCGCCGGCUGUGCUUGUCCUCUCACCGCAAAUACCCGAUCGGCUAGCCGUGACCUGGCUUGCGCUCAACGCCACCACCAAUCUGUACAACCGCUUGAGUGUGUCGAGCGUCUUCUUGUUGUCCGAUCUGGCUGUGGAUCUGGAGUAAUGCACAACUGCAGCAGACGCGAGCAUACAGGUUGAGGUUAGCGACGGCAUUAGCCCUGGUAACUUGCUGAGCAGCGAGAUGCUGUCGUCAUCAGAAAGAAACGAAGGUAGC